AUGUCUUCAGGUCACGGUUUCAAUGGAGGUCCCUCCCGCUGCUUUGGUGAAUGGCAACGCUUCAUCGAGUGCUACACCAGUGAGGAAACGUCGCAUCCCGUCAAGUGUACUCCACACGCUGAUGAUUAUUUCGAAUGUCUACAUCAUAACAAGGAAAGAGCUCGUGUUCAAAUGAUACAAGCACAAUUGAAUAAGAACAAAGCUGAUGCUAAAGAGAAUGGUGAAUCUCCAAACUCAAUCGUUGUUACUAGACAUUCAUUACCUGAAACACUUGGGCUUAUUGCAAAUGACUCCACAUCAAAGAAAUAA